AAGGUUGAGCCAAGUUUCUUGAGGUACCUGACUACUUAGCCUUCAUAAACCUAAUCUGCCAACCUGAACAACUAGCACUCUCUUCUAAUCUCCCCUAUAAAACCACCUUCUCAUAUUCUUACCUUCCAUUGCAAUUUGCAACCUUAACCAACACAAAGAGGUGCUUGUUGCUACACACACUUAAAGAUAACAUGGAAGCUCCCAAGACCGUUUCAUACUCCCUGAUGUUCUUAGCUAUUUUUGUUCUCUUAGCUUCAGCAUUGUCUUUGGCAAAUGCCAAAAUUCAAGAGCAUGAGUUUGUUGUUCAAGCAACUCCAGUGAAGAGGCUGUGCAACACUCACAGCACCAUCACAGUGAAUGGACAGUUUCCAGGCCCGACAUUGGAAGUUAACAAUGGAGACACUUUGAUCGUUAAAGUCAUUAACAAAGCUCGUUACAAUGUCACCAUUCACUGGCAUGGGAUAAGACAAAUCAGAACAGGUUGGGCUGAUGGACCAGAAUUUGUGACCCAAUGUCCCAUUCGUCCUGGAGAAAGUUACACCUACAAGUUCACCAUUCAAGGACAAGAAGGGACACUUUGGUGGCAUGCUCAUAGCUCAUGGCUAAGAGCCACCGUUUAUGGAGCUUUAAUCAUUCAUCCAAGGGGAGGAGAGACCUACCCUUUCCCUAAGCCAAAGCGCGAGACACCCAUUCUUUUAGGGGAAUGGUGGGACGCAAAUCCUAUUGAUGUUGAGAGGCAGGCCACACAAACAGGAGCAGCACCAAAUAUUUCUGAUGCUUACACUAUCAAUGGUCAACCUGGAGAUUUAUACAAGUGCUCCAGCCAAGGCACCACCAUUGUCCCUAUAGAUUCAGGAGAGACCAACCUCCUCAGGGUUAUCAAUGCUGGACUAAACCAACCCCUCUUCUUCUCUGUUGCCAACCACAAGCUAAUAGUGGUUGGCGCCGAUGCCUCCUACCUCAAGCCAUUCACCACCAAUGUUAUCAUGCUAGGACCCGGCCAAACCACCGAUGUCCUUAUUGCCGGUGACCAGCCACCAUCCCGCUACUACAUGGCGGCGCGUGCCUACCAAUCAGCCCAAAAUGCCCCCUUUGACAACACCACCACCACUGCAAUCCUUGAAUACAAAUCAGCCCCAUGCCCUGCUAAAGGGGUAACAGCUAUAAAACCACUCAUGCCUUUUCUCCCUGCUUACAAUGACACCAACACUGUCACUGCCUUCAGUAAAAGCCUCAGAAGCCCCAGAAAAGUUGAAGUCCCCAGUGAAAUUGAUGAGAGCUUGUUCUUCACUAUUGGCUUAGGACUCAACAAUUGUCCACCAAAUUUUAGUCCUAGCCAGUGCCAGGGUCCUAAUGGGACAAGGUUCACUUCCAGCAUGAACAAUGUGUCAUUUGUUCUGCCAAACAAAAUCUCAAUCUUGCAGGCUCACCAUCUUGGAGUUCAAGGUGUCUUCACCACUGAUUUUCCAACUAAGCCUCCUGUGGAAUUUGAUUACACUGGUAAUGUGAGUCGUUCUUUGUGGCAACCUAUUCCGGGGACUAGAGUCACCAGGUUGAAGUAUGGAUCAAGAGUGCAGAUUGUGUUGCAGGACACUAGCAUUGUCACACCUGAGAACCACCCAAUUCACCUUCAUGGGUAUGAUUUCUAUGUAGUGGCUGAGGGGUUUGGAAACUUCAACCCCAAGAAACACACUUCAAAAUUCAACCUUGUUGAUCCACCUAUGAGGAACACUGUGGCAGUACCUGCAAAUGGAUGGGCUGUAAUAAGAUUUGUUGCUGAUAACCCAGGUGCUUGGAUUAUGCAUUGUCACUUGGAUGUUCACAUCGGAUGGGGUUUGGCAACUAUCCUCUUGGUGGAUAAUGGAGUAGGCCUAUUGGAAUCCAUAGAAUCCCCUCCAGAGGACCUGCCUCUAUGUUAGGAUAGUCAAAAUUAUAUAUCAAAUUUGUCACCCUAAUUAUCAGGGUCUUCAUUUUUCUUAUAGUUUGGAAGUUCAUUAAUGUUGUUUCCCUGCAUUGGGGGGUUUUCCUCUUUUGCUCUGUUACAUUGUUCUUUUUCACAUAGAGAAGAAUAUGGCUUAGAAGAGAUGGUAAUGUGAAUUCAACACACUAAUAGCCAUCUCAUAGGAAGCCCGAUUUAUUAAAUUGAUAUUAUAGUUUUGUAUUGUCUCCUUGAGGUUGAAUUAUAAAUUACAAAAGAUAGGUUUUGACCA